UUUUCUUUCGUCUCCCUUUUAAUCCUUUAUAUAUGUCAACAAAUUUUUUUUCUAAUUUUAAAGACAGUUAUGUUUACCGCAACAAUGUCAUCAGCAGUUGAACGUGUUGCACGUCAAUAUUUACGUCGUCCCGCAAUCGUAUACAUCGGCUCAGCUGGCCGUCCAACAGAACGUGUUGAACAAAUUGUAAUAAUGAUGUCUGAAGAAAUGAAACGUAAAAAAAUUGUUGAACUACUUUUUGAACCAAAUUUGUAUAUUCCACCAAUUAUUAUCUUUGUUAAUCAAAAAAGAGGAGCUGACCUGCUAGGAAAAGGUUUACAAAAAAUUGGUUUUAAUCCGUGCAUUCUUCACGGUGGAAAGGGACAAGAAGCUAGAGAAUAUGCUUUAGAUGCUUUAAAAACUGGAGCAAAAGAUAUUUUGGUAGCUACAGAUGUUGCUGGAAGAGGAAUUGAUGUUAAAGAUGUUUCGUUGGUUAUAAAUUAUGAUAUGACUAAAUCUAUUGAAGAUUAUACACAUAGAAUUGGAAGAACAGGACGUGCUGGAAAAAAAGGCAAAGCAAUAACCUUUUUAACACCUGAAGACAAAGAUUUAUUUUAUGAUUUGAAGCAAUGUUUAUUAGAAAGUCCAAUAUCAAGUUGUCCUAUUGAAUUAGCAAAUCAUCCAGAUGCACAAAAUAAACCUGGAACUAUCGUGCAAAAAAGAAGACAAGAUGAGACUUUGUAUAGAUAA